AUGAGCCGCUACCCCCGUGCAGUCACUGCUUCUCCAGCCAGUUUCAGUUACUGGGACUCCAGCGUAACCCCUUCCUACUCAGGCCGGCAAUCCAAAGCUUGUGAGAAACCAUGUUACUGCUGCAACCACCAUGCAACUCCAUCCUCUCUAUACAUCAGAGAGUUAGUCAGUGAGUGUUCUAGAGAUUAUCCACGUCCAUUAGCCUGUGCUCGCUGUGGGAUUGGAUCAAAGCCCUGGAUGGAUCCAUGGUUGGAGAGUCCAGGCUGGCAAGUAAGGCGGCGGACAUAUUGUGAUAAUUUUUCACCCAGUUAA